AUGAAGACUGAAAAUUCAGUGGGGCCGCAAAUUAUGAAUGAUGAGAGCAAUCAGUUGAUGAUCAACGACAUUACAACUUGUGAUCAAGAUUAUUUGAUCGACACCAAUCAUAAAAGUUUCAACAUUGAUGAACUCUUCGUAGAACUAGACUGCAAACCGCCAUUGUUACACUCGCAGCAACUACCUCAGAUUGUUGAAAGCCAAGAAAAGCCUUUGCCAACUUCUUGCCUCUAUGUUAAUCAAUUUGAUGGACCACUGGAAGCAGCCACCAGCAAUCUGAGUAAUUUUGAGUAUAAUAGCGAUCAAAUAGCAAGAUCAACAUGGCAACAUAAUAUGAAUGCCGAUGAUCAUCAAGAUCCGAAUUUAUUCUUCACCGUCGAUGAAUUAUUGGCAGAAGAUGCAGAGCCUUUGUCAACUUAUGCGCUCGAUGAUGUUUGUAAUGUGGUCAGCCAACCAUUAGACCAAAACAGUUGUUGGUCCAAAUCCUUUAUGGAUCAGACUUACAAUUCCUAUAUAUGCUUAUCAAUAGAGGAGAUCAUAGCUGACAAUUAG